AUGGAAGCGGCAGCUCCACUCACAUCAUUAUCCUUCAUUUCUUACCUCCUCCGCUCUCCUUGCCCUCUUCUCCCCGUUAUCCCGACAGUCGGCUACUCUGCCGACUCUGGCUACCGGCCAAGUGGUCCGCUCUCCUACCACAUGGGACCACCGGCCUCUCAGGGCGGUUCUGGUCAGGCGUCUGCAGUGUUUACCGUCCAUCCGGGCCAACUGGCUGGACAUCUGCCGAUGAGGCCUGAGCCUGGCUUCACGAUCCCGGCUGCCGCUUCAGGCUUCCUGGGGCCCUCCUCAGAAGAGACGCUUGACCCUCUGCCCUACUCCCCGGGAUUGCAGCAGUUUGAGCCCGGCGCUCCUAGACCCUACCAACACCCACAGGUGCAGUCGCCCGUUUACUCAGGCCUCUCGCAAGAGUCCUCUUUCUACAUGCCCACCAGUUCUCAGUCGUACGCUGAAGCGCUCAAUCUGGCAGCGGCGGCCAACGCCGCCGUGAACGCCGCAGUGCAUCGCUACGAGCCGCCAGCCCUCAGAGACACAGGUCGGCAGUCCAGCUUCAGCCUCUAUCAGUGCUAG